GAAUGAGGAUUGCUGCCGGUGGCCACUGCAGACAACGUCGACGUCGACAACGUUUAACGUUUAACUAACUGUUCUUUCAUUACAUUGCUGUCGCUGUAAAGCAAAUUCCAGUGCUAAGCGGAACACGAUCUGAGUUUCGUUCAAGUUCGAUCUUAUCGCAAACCUGCAAUCACCUUUUCAAGCCUCCGCCUUGCAUGAAAGUCUGAAUCUGUCCGUACGAAUACUCGCAUGCCCAUCGAAAUGGAGGUCGACAUCCCCGAGAACAUCUCGCACGGCGGCGAGAACAAUGCUUUCCAGAAAGGCCAGAAGCGACCUACUCUUCUUCCUGUAGACGAUGCGCAUCCGUUCGAUCUGGAAACCUACAUAUCUGGUUACACAGGCCGUACUGCUGUUGAUCGCCUUCUCCUCGUCAUAUCUACAUGUCCCACCAUUGCUCCUCAAGCCCUUAAACUCGCACUCACACAUAUCCAGCAAUUGCGCGAUCCAGCUCUGUACCAAUCUGCCAUCGCCACUUACGAAUAUCUCGCCUCUAUCCCAGGCGUAAAUGUACCACCCACCUCCGAAAUCGACUCGAUGCGGUCAUCAUGGAUGGAUGAAACUGUGAAGAAGAAUCAGGCUGAAAGGACGAAGCUGGAGGUAGAAUUGAAGACCUAUUCAAAUAAUAUGAUCAAAGAGAGCAUACGAAUGGGUCAUAGAGACCUUGGCGAUUUCUUCCGUGCUACGGGAGAUUUUCCUAUGGCACUGAAAAACUAUACAAAGUCACGAGAGUUUUGUACAACAAGCCAACAUGUCCUUGAUAUGUGCCUCUCCGUACUCGAGUUGUUGAUUGAACAAAAGAACUAUGCUCAUAUCCCGACGUACGUCUUCAAGGCUGAUGCUGCCCUGGACGCUGCCAAUGCUGCGAGUAAUAACGCAGCCGCGAACAAUCCACAAGCAACACAGGCAACCACGAAUAAGAAGUUUGCAGAGCGAGAGAAAGUACAAUCAAAACUCGACUUGGCCACAGCGCUUUCUUGCCUUGGUCUGGCAAACUACGAGAAGGCUGCGUUAACCUUUUUGAAACUGGGGUCUGCACAACAGCUCGGAGAUUGGCUAGGCAAGCUGGUAGCACCGAGUGAUAUUGCAAUAUAUGGCACGCUGUGCGCACUAUCGACUCUGUCUCGUUCUGCAAUCAAGUCACAAUUGCUCGACAAUGCUGUCUUUUCGGUAUACAUCGAGCAGGAGCCCUACAUUCGAGAACUCAUCCAAGCAUAUAUGACGAGUAACUUUAAAAUGACACUCGAGUUACUCUCCCGGUAUUCAACACGACACUCGGUUGACUUGCACCUUGCCGCACACAUCCAAGAGAUUACCAACUGCAUUCGCAACGUUGCCAUUAUCCUGUAUUUUCAGCCGUUUGCAUCGAUAAAGCUGGACCGAAUGAGUACAGCCUUUGGAUGGACGAUCGAGGAGGUCGAGAAGGAGGUCGUUGCCCUCAUCCAGUCUGGGCAAAUACAAGGAAGAGUAGAUAGUCAGAACAAGAUACUGAAAGCAAAGAAAACCGACUACCGGGCAGAGUUAUUCGCACGUGCCAUACGCGCUGGUGCCGAAAUGCAGUGUGCUAAUCGCAAAUUGUUGCUGCGUAUGCGUUUGCAGCAAGCUGAUAUUGUCGUCAAGUCACCGAAAGUGCCUCAAAGCGGUCAUUCAGGCGAGCUCUUGGGCGACUGAUUGUAUUAUACACGUAUAGUUCUAUAAUAUCAUCCAAUCCUUCGAAAUAGCCAUACCAUGAGGUAUAUCAGUGCGAUAACUCAUUGCUGGUAUGAUGUCUAUUUGGGGUCGGAGGAGCCCAAUCGUGCACUAUUCGCAUUACCCUGUUCGUCUGAAUCGUGAACUGAUUCAUGGUCUAAACGUC